GCGCGCGCAGGAAGAGUGAUCCGGUCGCUAUAGUAACCUCAGACGGUGUAGCGGUUUAACCUGAAACAAACAUGUUUUGACAAUGAACGGCUUGAAAAAGACCCCGUAGAGCAGAGUCAGUGAAACACUACACACCGUUCCUGAGGCUGAAAUCAAUGGUACAGAAAGGGAUGUCCAGGACGCCUUCCACCUCGACACAGGAAAUCCAGAUGGACAUGUUUGACCACCACGGCUCGCACGCGCAGGGGAAGUACGCAAAGAGGAAGAGUCGCUUUAAGCGAUCUGAUGGCAGCACCUCGUCUGACACAACCUCAAACAGCUUUGUCCGGCAGGGUUCAGCGGACUCCUACACUAGUCGUCCCUCAGACUCUGACGUGUCUCUGGAGGAGGACCCAGAGGCCCUGAGAAAAGAGGCAGACAGACAGGCUCUGGCAACCCUUGAGAAAGCCAAAACGAAACCAGUUGCUUUUGCUGUGAGGACUAACGUUGGCUAUAACCCGGGUCCUAAUGAUGAUGUUCCAGUGCAGGGCAUGGCCAUCUCAUUUGAAGCCAAAGAUUUCCUGCAUAUCAAAGAGAAAUAUAAUAAUAACUGGUGGAUAGGACGUUUGGUGAAAGAAGGAUGUGAGGUGGGUUUCAUCCCCAGUCCGGUAAAGCUGGAGAGCACUCGUCAGCUCCAGGAGCAGAGGAGUAGACAGAACCGCUUAAGCUCCAGUAAGUCUGGGGGGAGCUCCAGUCUGGAUGUUGCCUCAGGAACUCGUAGGCCCACUCCACCUGGAACAGCUGAUAUGUCAGCACUUUAUGAUGAUGCAUCGGAUGUUGAGGAGGCGGAGCAUGUUGAUGCCCGGGACCGUAAGGGUGUGGCCGGCAGUGUCACCUCCCCUCAGGGCAAUAUACCUCGUCUGCCCUUCUUUAAGAAGAUGGAACAUGUUCCUCCCUAUGAUGUGGUGCCCUCUAUGAGACCCAUCAUCCUAGUCGGCCCAUCACUCAAAGGCUACGAGGUAACUGAUAUGAUGCAGAAAGCGCUGUUUGACUUCCUGAAACACAAGUUUGAGGGCAGAAUAUCCAUCACACGGGUCACAGCAGAUAUCUCCCUGGCCAAGCGUUCUGUCCUGAACAAUCCCAGCAAACACACCAUCAUCGAGCGUUCGAGCACCAGAUCCAGUUUGGCCGAGGUGCAGAGUGAAAUAGAGAGAAUCUUUGAGUUGGCUCGGACCUUGCAGCUGGUGGCUCUGGAUGCCGACACCAUUAACCAUCCAUCUCAACUUGCCAAAACGUCACUGGCACCUAUAAUAGUUUACAUUAAGAUCGCCUCUCCAAAGGUAUUGCAAAGGCUGAUAAAGUCCAGAGGUAAAUCUCAGGCCAAGCAUCUCAAUGUUCAGAUGGUGGCAGCAGACAAACUAGCACAGUGUCCCCCUGAGAUCUUUGACAUCAUAUUAGACGAAAACCAGCUGGAGGACGCAUGCGAACACCUGGCAGAUUAUUUGGAGGCAUACUGGAAGGCCACACAUCCUCCAAGCAGCAACCCUCCAAACCCACUGCUGAACCGCACUAUGGCCACGGCAGCGCUCGCUGCUUCACCUGAGCCCGUCUCCAACCUGCAGGGGCCAUUUCUUGUGCACAGUGAGCCAAAGAGGGAGGGGUCUGUCAUGGAACGGGCCUGCCCCCAGGACUAUCACACCGAGCUGGGCGGCAAGCAGCCACUGCGCACUUCACGCAGUCAGUUACAAUCCGGGGGGCGUGGCUUAUCACGACAGGACACAUUUGAUUCGGAGACACAGGGCAGUCGCGACUCGGCCUACACAGAUGACAUGGAAACAGAUCCAUACGAGGAGCCAGAAUCCUGUCGCAGCCGGUUAAACCCUGCCCACCACGCCCCACGACAGGCAUCCUGGGAGGAUGAGGGGGCGGAACCAGAUCAAGAGAACCUCAACCUAGCACCGCCAAUGACCAAUCAGCAUCACCGUGGGCGGGCCCAUCUGAGGGAGCGCUACUGUCAAGACGUAGAGGCCGGUGAGACUACGGUAGGCCGCAACCAAAACCAGGAGGAGUGGAACAGAGACGUGUAUAUCCGCUAGAGCCAAUACCUGUGAGAGGAGGACAGGGAAGAUAUGGAGAGUCAAUGGGGGAUGAAAAAUUUAGGGGGACACUUGUUGAUGUCUAAAGCUGGAUCUGUUUACAAUCCAUAGGCAAAUGCUGUACAGUUCGUAUUUCCAUCAGGCGCAUUAAGCCAACCAAGCUUACACUCGUAUUUCAUUUAGCUAAUCUUAUUUCAGGGUGAGGGGGAAGCAAAGACAUGUUUGUUUCCAUUUUAUCUUUGUUUCUAGUUUUCUUUGUGUUGUCUUGCAUGAGCCCUUCUCAGUAUAAGGACAAUCCUAUUUCCAAUAGCAAUGAAGUAAAACUAAGAAAAUAUAUAACCGCAAUCUUAUGUGUAUGUAUGUGCGGAUGUGAGAGCGAGUGUGCACAUGGGUGGAUGUAUUUUUGUCCUCCGAGUGUCUUAAGGCCUCUUUAUGCCCAAUUAGAAUAUUCUGGGCCUCAAAUCUUUUCACUUCCCUAGACUGGAUUCAAAACGAUUGUACCAUGUAACUGAAUUAUCUAAAUUAAAGAUUAAAAACAAAUUUAAAAUUGUUACACAUUCAAGCUUCAGCUAUGCUAGCAGGUAAUAGAGGCCAGGAUUUCCCAGGUCAAAAUUCUCUCCAAAAAUAUUGACAAUAUUCUUUAUGUACAUACUUUCUCUAUUUCUUUCGAUAUUAUUUAUUACGCUUAUAAUGCUAGAAACUGUAUUACAUCAUUUGCCUGAUAUAGCUUUAUUGCUGCUACGUGUUUUUCCAGCCUGUACAGUAACCUGUUCUAAAACUCACAUUUGUGGUAAGAACAGAUUCAGUAAGGUGGCUGACACAUGAAUAAAGCCGACCAAUGUUAACUUGUUUGUGAUAACAGGUAUUAUUAUUAUUAUCAUUAUUAUUAUUAUGCAAGAAAAUGAAACUUUUAAAGCCGCUUUAUGAAACGUGAUGUGAUUUCCCCACCUUCAAACGAGUAUGACCUUUAAAUAAUUUUAAACAAAGGUCUAAAACAGGGAUUCUCUGCUCCGCUCCUGGAGGCUUACUGCCCAGUAAAAAUUUCAAGUUUCCUUGCUCGCAACACACUGGAUCCAGUGUUGGAGGCAGCAGAGCAGUUGGCGUCCAUGACACGAGCUGGGAAUCCAUGAUCUAAAGCACUUUGAGACCUCCGUAAAUAGCUAUUACAGGGGACUAUGAUAUUCACCAUGUAGAGGUUUUUUUUUUUUUUAAUGUGGCAUCGUCCCGUCUCUUGUGUUCAUCAAAAUGUUUCUGAUGCACUACUUCUGUGGGAAUGAAAAGAUGUCUCAUAUAUAUGCCACUCGCAUAACAAAUGCCAGACAAGUGCCAGAAUAUUUCAUGCAGUUCCACCUACUACCCAUUGUGGGUCGUCUUAACUCUGUGCCACACGUUUUUGUGUGUGGAUGUGCUAUAGAAGUGUCACCCUUAGCCUACUCUUUGUCUACCAGUUAUUUCUGUCGCUGUAAGGAAGUGAUUGUGCAAUCACACUAAUUUUACAAAGAAAUGCACCGACAGCAACUCAUACACACACGUAUACAGGAUAAACACACAGAGUAAACCUUCUACUGCCUUUUUCUCCUGCUCCUGCCUUUUGUGUCACUAUCUGUGGGCAUUUUUUAAAAAGGCUGUUUUGUGUGUGUGUGUGUGUGUGUGUGUGUGUGUGUGUGUGUGUGUGUGAGAGAGAGAGGGGGGGACACUCGAGUGGCUUUUGAUGUGCAGGAAGAGUGUCAGUGAAUAUCUUUGAGCCUGUUUUUACUCACAUAUGUUGCAAAAGGACAUCAUGCUAAUGAUGAUAUUCAAAAAAUAAUGUACACGAAAAUAGCUUAAUAAUGAAUGUUAUUGUUGCGUUAAUGCAAUUGUUCAUAUAUGACUAAACAAAAACAUGUAAUCUUUGGUGCCUGAU